CUGAAACCUGUAGGUAAGACUCAGCACACACUUUGAAAGCCGAUCGAAAUGCUUUUUGUCCGGGAUUUAUAAUAAAGCUUCCAGCUGUUAUUUAUCCCCCAUGGAUCCUUGGAGGCAGACUACAUACCAGGUUUGCACCCCACUUUAAAAUUACUUUUUCACCUUUCUUUCCUUGAUCGAACAAAUACUAUAGCUGAUAAAUGUCUAUGCCUUUUCUACUGUUAUUAAGACUUCCUGCGGAAACUAUUUCUUUUUAAUGUUUGGGACGCCUUUGCUUAUGUUUUCAGCGACACACGUCUAAAAGCAGAUAUAUUAAUUCCGAGGUUUGCACAGGAAUGGAAUAAAAAAACACACAGGUGUCUUUCUCUAGUUGUUUUUCCUGUUUGGGGCCUUUCUUAAACUUCCGAGAUCUGAAAAACACCCAAGAAAUGUCUUUUUUCUUCCAUGAAUUUUGGGACCUGCAGACUAUACCAUCUCUUUUAAAAAUGACAAAUCGAUGGAAAAUUCCAACCUAGAAAAAAAACGUUUUCAUACCCACGACCAGGUGUUGGCAUUAGAAGCAGGUAGAGAUCAAUCAAAGAAGAAGAACAUGAUGCCAGAUCUAAUUUAAGAUGAAAAAACUGCUUUGCUGCUCUCAUUCCUAAAUGGACGCCCUUUCACAGUCAUCACUGCCCUUUAAUGUCUGGCAUCAGUAGAAGAGAGGGCCGAAAAUAGUUAACAUUAUCAGCAAGGGAUAUAUGGAAAAGGCAAUUCACUGGUCAGAAGUCAACAAGGGCUGCUGAGGCCAUCUGAUAUCAGGGGGUCGGCCCUGUUUACAGUCCUAGGAUAUAAGAUCCUAAACGGAUUUGGGAAGCAGAGAUUGUCUCCCAUGGGGAGCUGUCUCUCUCAGACCCGCUCCAACACCCUUCCGAGACGGACCCCAGAGCUCUGUACGCGAUCCGUGCCCCCUUGGUUUUGCUUGCAAUGUCCGGAUUUAUCUGGAGGAGGUGGAAGAGGAGGACCUGAUCCGGGGUGCUUGUAAGCUUGUGAAGCUCAAGGCCUUCACACACGUGGCAUGAAGAAACCUUAAUAGCAAGGGGGAAGCGAGACCGACCAGGGAGAAAGGGAAGCCAGGUGGACUCGUCGUUGCUGCUGCUUUGCCCGUUGACUUACAGUUGCACGGAGGGCUUUAAUCCUCAACAAUUUUGCCUGUUGUUGGAACCUGCUGGCGGGGUGAGGACGCAUUCCUGAGCAGUAUGUGUGGCCGGAGCGCACUGCUGCAGCUGGGAGCAUGAGUGUUGGCCCCCAGCUACACCUGGCAGCCCUUUGGCCUUGGCUGCUAAUGGCUACGCUGCACAUACGGCUAGGCUACUCGGGACUGGCGCUGGCGGCAGCCAUGGAAGCCGAGCGGUCCCUGGCCCAGAAGGCCGUCAUUCGGGUGAUUCCUCUCAAGCUGGAGCCCCUCACGCUGGAAGGAGUGUUUGCGAGCGUCGCAGAGGUCACCCCAGCCGAAGGGGAACUGCUGCAGUUCCACCCCCUGUCUCUGUGUAACACCAGCGAGGAUGAGCACACGGUCCCAGGAUUUGUCUCCAUCGUCAAACUGGAACGGCCAGAGCGGGAUCUCCACCCGUGCCUGUCGUUGGCCAACAAGGCCAAGCUGGCGGGGGAGAGAGGUGCCCGAGCUGUCCUCUUUGACAUUACGGAUGACCAGAGCGCCGCUGACCAGCUGAGGAAGCCCCGAGGGCUCAGCCAACCCGUCGUUCUAAUCUGGGGCCACGACGCCGAGCUCCUGAUGGGGGUCGUGAACAAUAACCGAGAAGCGCAUGUGAAGAUCGAGGUGAAGGAGAUGCCGGCUUGGCCAGACUAUGAUGUUUGGAUCCUUCUCACUGUGGUCAGCACCGUCCUGGUCAUUGUUUUAAUUUUCAUCGUUCGCACCCGCUGCCAGCCCAGCAGGAGUCGGACGAACGUGCAAGAAGAGACCCUACAAGCGAUCAGACUGCUGGCCACACGGAGGUAUCAGACCCGGCACCGGCCGGCACCCACGGGGGACUCUGUGAGCACUUGCAGCUCCGCUCCCGUCUGUGCGAUCUGCCUGGAGGAGUUCAGCGAGGGCCAGGAGCUGCGGAUCAUCACUUGCUUCCACGAGUUCCACCGGCAGUGCGUGGACCCCUGGCUCCAGCAGCACCAAACGUGCCCGCUGUGCAUGUUCAACAUCAUUGACCGAGUUCCCUCUGCUUUGCCCCUGCAUUCUCGUGAGGAUCCGCGUCACCCGGGCCCCGGGCGGAGGCCUCACUUCUUCCGGCAGCACCCGGGGCGGGCCUUGUACCACUUCCCACGGACGCUUCCUCCCAGGCCCUCCAGGAACUGCCCGGCGAUACUCCCCCACGGCCACCCUUUCUUCCGCUCCCCAGAGCUCACGCAGCUGGAUUUGGGGACGAUGCAUUACUUGCCCUACAGGCCGAUGGGCUUGGAGCCUUGGUGCGGCCACCAGCCGCCUCCUCUCCCCCGUGGCCUGCUGCUUCCCCAGCGGCAGGAGUCACCCGGCAGCGAGCAGCCCCUGCUCUCUCGGUGGCCCUGCCUGCUCCAGCACCAGCCCUCCUGCCGAGGCCUCCGGGCUCCGCUUGCCGCCAGGCCGAGCCGUGGAAUCCGCCACGGGAGGCACCACCCUCACAGCAGCGGCUCCGGGGAGAGCUAUCUCACGGAGCCCAGCGGGUACCUGCCCGACGGCCCCGGGAGCGACUCCAGUUCGGGUCCUUGCCACGGCUCUUCCAGUGACUCCAUGCUAAACUGCACUGACGUCAGCCUCCAGGCCAUCCACGGCAGCUGCUCCACUUUCCGUAGCUCCCUGAGCAGCGACUACGACCCCUUUGCCUUCUGCGGCUCGGAGAAGUCGGCCACGGAAAGCAGGGACGAUCCGCCUCCGCCGUGGAAGGACCCGGGGCCUCGGUCGGUGGAUUCGGCGGGGACGAGCAGAGCCCAGGUGGCCAGUAACCACGUCCAUUACCACCACCACCACCACCGGCACCACCACUAUGGACGGAGCCCACCGGACUGUCCGAACGGCAGGCUGAGUCAAGAGCCCGGUCAACGCAAGGCCAAACCUCCCAGGGCCAAGGCGGGCCCGCACAGUGCCCAAGUUCAAAAAAGGACAGAGAAGAAGGGGCCGCCGUCGGAGGGCGGCUCUGCCCGCCUGGAUGCCUCUCUGGUCGGGCCGUCGACUUGUUUGCCGCAAGGGCCGUGUGAGCCUCCUUUGGCAGAGGCCGACUUGGCCGCCAGCGGAGCCGACGGGCCCUGGAUGCCUCAGAAACGCUGUGUGCAAAUCCCUCCCGGUUGGAGGAGGUGGAAAUGCCCUCUUGGGACUUCUUCCCAGCCCUUUCUCCCCAAAGACCCCGACGCGCCCCCAGACGGGAGGCUCCCCGGCACUUCCGGCCCAGGCUCAGGCAGCUGCUGCUCUCCGGAGACCCAGCCGCUCCUCGCCAGCGUUCCCUCCGCGCCGCCUCCUGCAGCCUCGCCAGAGGUUUCAGAGGGCGCUGCGCUGCACUCCACCCCGGAGCCACAAGAGCGGCGGGAACAGCUCGGGCGACCGGACUGCCAGCCCGCCUCUCCCGGGGAACGUCCGGGGACGGAGGCCGCAGGGACCAACCCAAGCUUUUACCUCAACUGCCAACUGCAGCAACACCUUCAGGGUAAGGCUCGCCCUUUCGAGGGGCAGCGCCCAGCCUCGUUCAGCCCGUUCCGGUGGGAGGCCGAGUCCGAGGCGAAAGGAGCAGGGCGCACGGUGGCUGGAAGCCCUCCAGACGUGGCGGAAACAAUGCGGUUAACGGCAGUAGAAACGCAGGAAGCCCCCCGGUGUUCUAAUAAAUGA